UAAAAAACUAAUUCCCUUUUUUUUUUUGGAUAAUAAAAAAAAAUAAAAAAUAAAGGAUGGAUUAUGAUUCACCAAAAUGUCUGUGAUAUCUAAUCAAUACAUCUAAAUAUAAUAAAACAACAAAAUUUAAUGUCAUGUUUUUUUUUUUUUUCUUUUUUUAAAAUUUUUUAUUAUAUUCCUACACAACAAAGCUAAUGAUUUUGAAUGUAAUAAACUUGACCUGAAUGAAACAAUAGUAAUCAAAUGCUUACUUUAAGCUUCUGAUAGAAUUUGAUUCAUGACUCAAAUUAAUGCAUACUUGUUCAUUGUUCUUUCCCUAUCUGUUUCAGUGAACUGAGGGUCUGACACAUGAGCCAACUGAUCCUUUAUUGGUCACUGACAAGUCAUCUGAGGUUGUGAAGUUUCAAUGUCAUUGCAACAAAGUCUUCUCUGAGUUUUCAGUCUACCAUAAAGACUGGCUGAGAAAAAGAGUUGAUCUUUUGAGUUUAUUAAAGAAAAAGAAAAAAGUUUUGUUUGUUGGGUUGAUUCAAAUGAAGGAAAGGAAAUGAAUAUACAAUUGGGUUUUUUUUCAUGUUUGGGUAAUGUGCCUUGUCCAUCUCUGAAUCUCUGAUGAAGCUUCAGGUAUGGCUGUGACCAUGGUUUUCUUGAGCUGCUAAGAAAUGGCAGAAGGAGAAAAAUAUAAUAGUAUAAUAUAACAUUGUUUGCUUGGAGGGUUUGUUUGUUUUUUCAUGGAAAUUGGAGGGAAAGUACCAUGUGGUGAGCUCAGAGGUCUGCACAUGGCUUCUCCAAUUUCCAAGUUUUGAGGCUGUAAACAGAUAUAGAGAAGCCAGGGUUUUGGUGUUUUCAAGAGAAUCAGUUGCAGAUAAAACCACCUGAUUGGUGUUAGGAAACAAAACCCUAGUUUUUUUUAGAAAUAGUGGUGGAUUGGGAAGUGUGAGCCUGUGAUAAGAGAUACAACCUAGCCAUUUAGUUUCAGUGCAAGCCCAAUUAAAGUAACAUUUUUUUCUUUCUCAACUUGUUUCCUCUUUUCAACUGAGUUCAGCUAUAUCUGUUUCCUCAAAAUCUAGGCACAUCACAGGUUAGAUUGGAACUGGCCAGGUUUUUACUUCCCCCUCAUGUUCAUGUCUUCUUCAUACACAUAUUAAUAUAUGAUGAUAUGCAGAUUAUAUAUAUAUUCAAAUCUAAUAUGAUGAUCUGCAGAUUAUAUAAGUUUCCUCAUUUGUGAACUACAAAAGCAAUAGAGAUUUGAGCCUUGAUAGUGCCUUCCUCUUUUAGUCUCAGUUGCAGUCUUCAAUCUUUUUUCAAUUUGUACUUUUAUUUCAAUGUCUCCACUCUUUUCAUUUGCAGUUCUUUCAAUUAAUAAAUAAUUUAUAUCUUCUUUUCCCUAGAAAUAUCUUGCCCAGAGGCUUUUCUAAUUUUCUUUUUAAUUUCCCUAAUAUUUGAAUUUGAAGAACACAGUUGACCUUCAUAUGGCUCUUCAAUGGAUUGCUGUUCUUAUCCCAUCUUUGAUAUGUGCUGCUUUUUUAGAUUAUGGGUUUUCAUCUAUCCUCUUCACAGCUUUAGUUUUGAUUCUAUCUUCUAUUUUCUUCAUAUUCUCAAAGCAAAAAACAGUGAAAGAUGAGGCUAAUAGCUUUGACCAGCUGGAAUGUUUUCCUCAGGUGGAGGAAGUUGUACCAAAACUAGAGCUUGAAAAAGAGAGGACUAUCACACAAAACAAAGAAGGCCAAGAAGGUGGAGUGGGUCAGAUUGAUGAUCAUUUGGUUAGGCCACCGGAUUCGUUUUCAGAAAGCGAAAGCAUUGACCACUCAUCCACAAGUGAAGAUUCUGAAGUUGAUUGGCCAUAUUCCGGCAAUGUGGGUCAGGAUUGCUCCGAUGACUCGAUCUCAGAUGAGGAAAGCCUGAUUGAAAUUGCUCUCCCAAGUGGGCAUUACGUGGGUGCUAAAGAAGAAGACUCAAUGUUCCAUUUGCAGCCAAAAUUGGCAGAUUUCUCACCGGAGUCAAUAUUCCGGCAACAUAAUCUAGUGGAGCUCUUGGCAGAGAUUAAUGAGAUGAAUGAGGAAGAUAAUUUGAUUGAGAUUGACAUAUCCAUGGGCUCCAUCAAGUGUUCAAGGUUUGAGAUUGAAGCAUAGUUAAUUAAGUUACUAUAUUUCUAGACUUCUUCUAAGUUCAAUCUUUUUGAUCCUUAUGGAUUUAGCGUCAAGAUUAGAGUAUUAAUGCUCAGGAUAUGAAACUCUAUAUCCUUUCUUUUGUUGUGUUGUAGACUUGUGGUGAAAUGAACUCUGAAGUUUAUGGACUUUCAUUGACCUUGCCUUCACAAAUAAACCUUGGAUACUGACUACUGCGGCUUUUGUUUUCUCUUA